CUGUCUCUCUCAGUCGGUCUCAGUCUCAGCAGUGUUCAGUCGAGCAGCAGCGGAAGUGGAAAACUUGCAGUAGAAACACACAAACUGAACUCAGCACCUCCUGCGAUGCUCCUGGAUGCUCCUCCGUUUUUAAACCUCCUCUUCCCUCCUUUUCUUCUUCUUCCUCUUCUUCUUCUCCUCCUCUUCUUCCCUCUGCCGUCUCGGGGAAACGCGCGCUGUGGCUCUCCGAUGUGAGUUCGCCCGUGCGUAAUAGUCCGGCUCCGUGCGCGCCGUCAUGGCUUAUCCUCAGGGUUUCCUCUUCCAGCCGUCCGUGUCCCUGUCUCUGCACUCCUGCCCGUCCUUCAGCUCCGGGGUCAUCUUAGGACCGAGGACGGAGGAGCUCGGCCGCUCCUCUUCGGGCUCAGCCUUCGCUCCGUACUCGGGAUCAGCGACCUCUCCCGGCUUCAACUCCCACCUACCGUACGGCGGGGAGCCCCGGGCCGCCGCCACCCUCAGCUCGUUUGUGAGUCCCAGCUAUGAUCCGUCCUCAGGGAUCUCUGGCUCCUUAGACUACCACCCGUUUGGGCCCCUGGGGCCGUACCCGUACGGAGACCCCUCGUACAGGAAGAACGCCACGCGAGACGCCACGGCCACGCUGAAGGCCUGGCUCAAUGAGCACCGGAAGAACCCGUACCCCACCAAGGGGGAGAAGAUCAUGCUGGCCAUCAUCACCAAGAUGACCCUGACUCAGGUGUCCACCUGGUUCGCCAACGCCCGCCGGAGGCUGAAGAAGGAGAACAAGAUGACCUGGACCCCGAGGAACAGGAGCGAGGAUGAGGAGGAGGAGGACAACAUCGACCUGGAGAGGAACGACGACGACGACGAGCCGAUGAAAGCCAACAGCGACGAGCCAGAGACGAAGAGCGACACUGCUUCUCGUCUUCCUGCCUCUGUGGGGACCUCGUGCGUGUUGGUGUACAGAGAGGACAGCGGCAGCAGCAGCGACACCGACCGGAGCUUCACUGAUCCCGACUUUAAAGACUCAGGGGACAGGAGGCUGCCCCUCAUCCCGCGCCCCACUUCCACAGGGGCCCCUCCCCACAACACACCCCCAGGAACAGUCAGAGCAUCGGAGCCGCAGCGACCAUCGAGCCCACCGUCAAAGGAGCACGUUGACUCCUGCAACCCCAUCCAGGGGCCAAACCCGGCCCCUAAACCCAAACUGUGGUCGCUGGCUGAGAUCGCCACGUCUUCAGAUAAAAGUAAAGGAUGUAGUGACUCUUCACAGAGCGUAGGGGCUCCCACCCACCCCACAUCCACAUCCCGGACCCCAUUCUCACACAGCACUGCCCUGCCCCGACACCUCUACUACACCUCCCCCUUCAUCCCCGGAUACUCCAGCUACGGCCCUCUGGGGCCCCUGCAUGGUGGCCCCGCCUCACAUUUAAAUGGAUUACAGCAGACGAUGCUGCAGAGAGCAGAGGCCAUAGCCAGAGACUGCAAACUACGCAGUCAGAGCCAGCUGGACCUGCACGAACUCAAGAAGGGCAUGACGAACGUGUGACCUGAACCUUUAACACUUUAUUUACUGGGACCAGUAGACCUGGACCCUGGAAGCAGUAAACCUGGGACCAGUAAACCUGGACCAGUAAACCUGGGACCAGUGACCCUGGGACGAGUGUUGGUGGAAUUCUCCUGUGAAAUGUCCUGGAUAUCAAAGAAAACUUUAUCGAACACAGACUGCCUCCUGCAGAGGCCUCUGACUUUUAUUUAGAAACACAAAUAUUCAAUUUUAGACGGUUUUUCUAUGUUGAUAAGAUGUAAUCUUUGUAGUGCGUUUCUGCACAGAACAUGAAGUAUCAUUAAAAGCUAGUUUUAUUAAUAUGGAUCUGACCACCUGCCAUUUGUCAAUGGAUGUUACACUCUUACUCACCUUAAAUUAACGACUCAGGAAAAAUAUGAUCAGAAGCUUUUAAUUAGAUCAACUGCAGCGUUUCAGGAGAAACUAGAUUUACCACCUUGCGGACGAAUCCGACAAGUUACAGUUUACAUCCAUGUCUGUGAGAACACGGAUGCUUCACACACAUCUUCCCUCCGGUAGCGCAGAAGAUCUAUACAGUCAGCACAGUUUCAAGAUCAGUGUCACCAAUUCCGUAUCUGAUUGAAUAACAGCCUGAAAAGUGUUUUUGCAGAACAUUAUGAUGUCACAUUGAAGUUGACCUUUGACCUUUUGGAUAUAAAAUGUCAUUUCUUCAUCAUCUUGUCCAGUUAGACAUUUGUGUGAAAUUUUGUCGAAUGAAUUCUUGAGUUAUGGCCAAAAACACGUGGGGGUCACAGUGACCUUUGACCACCAAAUUUUAAUCAGCUCAUUGUUGAAUCCAGGUGGACGUUUGUGCCAAAUUUGAAGAAAUUUCCUCAAGGUAUUCUUGAGAUAUUGCUCUGACAAGACCGGGACAGACGGAAAAACACAAUGCCUCCGGCCACGGCGUAGAAAGAAGUUGAAGGAUAAAGAUACGCAAAAAUUCUACCUCCUUCUCUUCUUCAUAUAUCACUCAGUAUGACUUCUCAUUAUCUCUGAUGUCCAUCCAGAAUAAACUUCCAUAAAGUCACUCAGAAGUCACAGAAAACAAGAAUCAUCAUGUUUUUAGGUUUUCUUCUGGAUCAAAUUAACGGACACUUUGACUACAUGGAAUCGAAGAAAGGAUAACAGGUUAAGAAGCUAUUCAGACUCAAUAGUAUUAAAAAGUCUUAAAUUUAAUUUACAGAAGUUAAAUGUCUUGUCUCUCGGCUGCUGUAGGCAGUGAUGUUAAUUCUAAAAUCUUUCUGUAUGUGAUUGUAGGCUGUCAGCAGAUGUUCUACACCUUUCUUUGUGGAGUUUCAGUCAAACUCCAUCACUACUGCAGCUACAGCAGCCAGGAGAUGUUGUGUUAGCAUUAGCAGCUUUGAAGCUUCAGUGAUAAUUAAAUGCAAAUAUUCAAAGCUUUGAUAUGAUGUGAUGCAACCGGGGGCGGUGUGGCAUAAUCGGAAUCAAUUAUAUUCAUAUGGGCUAAUCAACAACCUGAACCCAACCCGACUUUAGCGGGACUUGGCACCCCUAAGAGUGUGAGAGAGGGGAAGAGAAGGUGGAAGGUGGACUAUUGUACGCAAUGUUUCUGUAAGUUAUUAAUAACCAAACAUCAGGGGCAGGGCUGCAUCACUAGACGCAAAGCAAGCACUUUAUUACAGUUGGCAGGUGUGGAUAACCGUCCGCAACUCUUCUCUCCUGUUUCUGUUUCUCGUCAGACUCCCAAUUUCAUUGCUUGAAGCGAAGGUCAAUGACUGUGCUGAAGACGCUGGUCUCAUUCGUGUCCAACACUUCCUUUGAAUUUCCUCCACUAGUUUACUGAUGAAAAAACAAAACUAAAACACAAUGCAUUCAAAUACUGAUUUAAAUGUUGAUUACCUUGGCAGUGAUUGAAGCUCUGGAGCUUUGAAGCAUUCAGGUAACUUCUUGUAUGAAGGUAAUAUAAAAUAUCCACAGUGUAAAUGGCGGACUCCGCCACCGACAAUGAAGGCUACUAUAUAAAGAGAUAAUUACUGAAUGUCAAAACAUUAAAUGACUACUGCAGAAUAAACCAAUUGGCCAUAAAUAGAUUAAAAGAUGUGGUAUGAUUUCAUAAAAACAUUCAUGAUUAUAACGUUAAAUUAAUUUUUAAUUGAUUCAUUCAUUUUCUGUGGCUUAUCCAGGUCCAGGUCACAUUAGUUUAAUUAAUCAUAUCUUUAGAAAUUAUUAUUAUUUACUGCUGAGAAGUGCUGAAAAAAUGCAAUAUAAUAAUAAUAAUUUCUGAGUCAUAUGGUCCCGACUGGUUUUCCAUCAGCUUCUUUAAUGUGGCCAGAAUGAUGUUUAAACAGGUAUAAAAUAUUAUUCUAUGUGUGAUUAAAAAGGUCUUAAAAAGUCUUCAAUUUAUCUGUGUGAAAUCUGCAGAAAUCCAGGGGAAGCUUGCCUAAGGCGCCAAAUCUUCUCGGUCCAGCCUGUUGUUCUGCAUUGUGAUUUAAAGGUCCACUGUGUAAGAUUUAGGGGGAUUUAGUGGCAUCUAGUGGUGAGGAUUACACAUUGCAACCAGCUGAAACUUCUCCUGGUUAAAAUUCCGUCAGUCAACAUGGCAGUGUAAAAUGGCAAUCUCCGUAGACGAAGACCUGCUCCCUAUGUAGAUAUAAACAGCUCAAUCUAACAUAAUUAAGACACAAAGAUUCUUAUUUUCAGGUGAUUAUACACUAAAGAAAACAUACUUAUAUUAUAUUCGCCUAAAU